UGCUUCGUUGAAAUCGUAAACAAACAUCUUAUCUAAAUUAUAGCAUAAAUGGUAUACGUAUCAUACGUGUGUCUUUUAGAUAACCCCUUAUCAAGUAUGACUGCUUGUUAAAAAAUAUUAUCUGUAAACUUGCUGUGAUUAUUUAGUUUUGAGGUAUAGUCAGUUGUGUCCGUAGUGGUACAGCAUAAUAUUAAGAGUUAAUAAACAAUGGAUAAAUAUUUUAAAGGGAAAAGAAUACUCGUGACUGGAGGAUGUCAAGGUAUUGGACGUGGAAUAGCUUUAGAAUUAUGGAGACAAGGUGCUAAUAUUGUAGUUCUCUCAAAUCAACCAGAUAACUUAGGAAACAUUAAAAAAGAAUAUCCUUCUAUCGAGACUGUAUGUGUAGACCUCGCUGACUGGGAUAAAACCAGGGAAGCUAUAAAGUCUUUAGGUGUCUUCGAUGGACUAGUCAAUAAUGCUGGAAUAGCUAUUACCGAACCAUUUUUGGAAUGUUCUCCAGAUAGCUUUGACAGGACAAUGGCAGUGAAUGUUAAGUCUAUCCUUAAUGUUAGUCAAAUCGUGGCAAAGAAAAUGAUUGAUAACAAAAUAAAGGGGUCUAUUGUAAAUAUUUCAUCGCAGGUUUUGCAGGCUGCUCUAAUGGAUCACACUGCAUACUGCGCGUCAAAAAGUGCUGUUGAUUCGUUAACAAGAGUAAUGGCUUUAGAAUUGGGGCCACAUGGAAUUCGUGUCAACUCUGUGAACCCAACGGUUAUAAUGACAGACAUGGGGCGCAAGGUCUGGCUCUCAGAUCCUUUAAAGUCACAGGGCAUGCUUUCGAAGAUACCUUUUAGGUUUGGAGAGGUGCACGAAGUUGUCAAUACAGUUCUAUUCCUCCUGAGUGACGGCGCCAGUAUGAUCACAGGGGUCCAACUGCCAGUGGACGGAGGAUUCCUUGCUACAUAGAAUUUCAAAAUAUUAUAUAAUACAAUUUUGUUAAAUCACCACAAGAAAACAAAAUGUUAUUUUACUCAGUUUAUUGUGCCAAAGGAAUUUAUACAUACUGGACAUAGAAAACAAUGCAAGCAUAACAAUUUACUUAUAAUGCAUAUGCUAAAGAUAGCUAGCACAUAUUUAUUUGUGAAAACAUACCACUUGUAAAGGUAAAUAAUGGCGUAGAACGGUUAGACAGUUUGAAGCCUUGUUGUUAAUAUAAUAGUGCAUAUUAUCCGCCACUGGAGGGAACAAAACCUGUGGUCACUUAAAUUUAAAUUAUACCCAAUCAAAGCAGAUGUUUUCUAAGUCAUUUAUUCGUUCUAAGUCUACUAUGUGAAGCAUGUUCCCUCCUUCAGACAAUAACUGAAUGAAUACUAAUAGGCAACUUCUGUUCUCAAAGAUAUCGUAAUGUAUCGUAUGGUACGUGACAUGUCUACAAAAAAUACAAUAACAGCAAAGUAAUUUCAAUGACAUUAACGCUACAACAGUUAUGUAUGAUUUAUUCCAUUACCUAGGAUAUUGUAAAAAACAGUGUGUCUGCUUAUCUAAUUAUCUUAAAAAUAUUAUUAUUUACAAAAUUAAGUCCAUAAAGUCUUUCGUCGUUUAUAGCGUACACUUAACUUUAGGAGCAAGCUACGACUUUUCUCCGCCAAAGCAUUGAGAUACACGUUGCGCACUUCACACACUGACGACAAGCACAGGACAACACAGCGGCCGCGCCUCGGCUUCACGCAUCACUUACUAUGCACGACAUCGUCACCUCCAUAUAUUUGAACACGAAAACAUCAUCUAAUAUACAUGAAUUAAUAUAAAUUCAUAAGAAUUACUAACACAAUAUCAUCAAAAUAUUUGGGUACUAACAUAUUACGAAUUCUCCUAAAUGAAGGAAUUAACUAAAACACACUCAUAUUAUAAACAUUAAAAUAUAAUGAUAUCAAUGUUGGCACAGCGUUGAAAAGUAAGACGAAUGUCACUUCCAUUUAUGAAUCAAAUCUGUCUAUAAAAUGAUUUAUUCAAACAGAAAACCGAAACUCUCAAAAUGCUACAAAAUACCCUGUAGAUCUAAUUAAUAUUGGAUUCAAACUUAAAAUAAUGUGCAAUAAUAUAAAAACUGAACAGUAGAUGAUGGCUACAAUAUCAACAAUACAAAGUCAAACUCUCAAGUGCCAAUGUAAAAUAAUAUUUAGAUGAUUUAUUCUAAACUAAACCCCUAUCUAUCUAACUAUACAAUAUCAUGACAACAGGAUGAUUUUGAAAUCUCAAAGCUUUGCGAUACAAACCCUUGAAAUGAAAUUGGAUAUAUUAACCAUUAAGUAUUUAUUUACAUAAGAUUGAACCUAAUUCUCAGUCAUAUUAAGAGGUGUUCUUGUCUAAAUAAGAUACGGUCCAAUACAAUAUCACGUUAUAAAAAAAUCGUAUUACUUUUUAAACUUUUAUAUUUACAAACUAUUCAUCAUAAUCAUAAUAUUAACAGAGCAUAGGAUAUAUCUAUUGCUCUGCAGUUAAAGGCAAAUGAACAAAACCAUACUUUUUCAGAAUACGAGAAUUGGUAACAGGUUUAAUUGAACUAGGUACAUUAUGUAUGAGAAAAUUUGGUAAUUUAUAUGAGAUCAUAGAUUCCCAGUAGUUCUAGAUCGGUAAUAAGGAUAACAUAGAGGGAAACAAUAGCUCUAGCGGGAAUGUAGGUAUACGUCGACACGAACGUGAUACUACAAAAUAAAAAAUCAGGUUUUAUUUCUACACUUUUUAUCAAUUAGUCAAUGCAAUACUCCACAAAGAAACUAAACAAAAACUUAUGAGUGCAAUGUUUUCUCCGGCCAAUUUAUUUUCGAAUAAACUUACCUAGUUAAAACUAUGGCAGUGGCUGGACAUACAUUGUUAGACUAUCAUUACUUAGGCCGCCUAUCCACAAUCAGAGGAACAAUCAAGAGACGCAUGAAAUUUUUACAAUCAUAAUCAAUUGAUUGAUCAAAAAUAAGAAAUUGAUUACAUCAAUUGCAUUAACAACAAUCACUCCCUAUAGACUUUCCCUUAGACAGACGACCUACACGUCACAUUCACUUAAAUAACUUCAGCAUAAAACAAGGUUCUUGGUUAUGUUUCAACUCAACUUGGAAGACAAAAUGCUAAAAUCAAUAAAAAAUAAAUUGAUAAAAUGUUGGUAAAGAUCAAAGAUACUAUAUUGCACAAAAUUGUGUUGAAUAAAAGAUAAGCACAAUCAAUAAAGACCUUUUCGAUUAUUAUUAAAGCCCACUGAUAGGAUUAAUUAGUCAAAAUAUGGUUCCACAAAAAAUAUCGGCCAUCCUAGGAGGGACAAGUAAUAAUAAAACUAGAAAAACUCCUUUCAAUUCCAUGUACCAAAUAAAUAAGUCAAAUAAGAACAAUCCUUAUGGCAGUAACCAUGCCAAAACCAUAAUCAAUCAACAAUAUGAUUAAAAAUUCAUUAUACCUAGUCUCGUUUUCCGUUUUAACAAUGUUGGACCAUUCAAAAAAAUGCUUAAACUUUAAAUGAUCAGUGAUCACUUGUAUUGCACAGUCUGUUUCCAGUAGUUAGAAUGCUACAGUAAACUUGUAAAAUCAGAUGGUACAUGGCCAUUAGUUCAUUAUAUCUUAUAUAUAGCUAUUUUAAUUGUGCUAUGAUAAACUUGUCCAUAACCCAUAAGCCAAAUUUCGCCAAGUAGGAUCACUAAGCAUGUCAGAAUAGAGCUUUAUUUUCAAGUUACAGUCUCUUGACCGAUUUUCUUGGGACCAAUUGACAAAUUACUGUUUAAUCUUACCAAUAUGAUAGAAUAUGUAUCUUACUUCUAAAUAUAACUGAGCAUAAAGUACAACGAUGCAUGGGUAGGCCUAUUAAUUACCUCUAUGCUUAAACAAGUGUUAUUCAAACAAAUAACUUUUCAUUUCUCGGCCCACUCAUCAUCAUACUUAGUCUAUAAUUAAAUAAUUUACAAUAAUAUGAAUGUUAACACGAAUGCAUACAAAAUUGUUUCCUUAUUUUAAUACAGAAUCUAUUAUCUCGAAACGUGAUAACAUCCAAAGAAGUUUCACGCUCACGCCUCAAUUCCUACCGCGCGGUUCGGUGACGUGAUAAGUCGUCGUUAAAACACACCGUCAAAUACGUGAAUAUAUCGAGUCUGUGUAAUGUUCGUCCCUACGAACAGAACAUGCAAGUCACAAUACGAACGUGGUUCCAUAUAGGUGGUGUUAACACUGCGACGACAGGAAGGUCCCUCACCGCCACUCCGAGAUGGCCGCCACAGUGGUGCUGGGCUGCCCGGCCGCGCCCGCCGUGUUCUCUUGUUCCUGAUUUUGUUCAUGACGUCUUAACGUACGGUCAGUGCCACCUGAUUGGUAAUUACCGCGUUGACCACCAAAUUUGAGCAUGUUCCAAUCAAACACAUAAUCAUAUGUGAAUCCUUGUCGAUGGAACAGUGUGCGGAAUAACUGACGGAGAUGACUAUAGUCAGGUCUCUCCUCGAAACGUAGCCGUCGGCAAUACUUUAGAUAUAGUUGAAACUCGAUUGGGUGAUUUUUGCAAAGUUCGUCAAAAGGUGUUGACAAUUUUUUUUCAGAUAUUCUCUCAUAUUUCUGGCGUUUGGUAGCAGCUUUCAGUCCUUGCCAGGGAAGACUUCCACGAUUGAAAUACAUGAGUACAUAGCCCAAUGACUCCAGAUCAUCGCGUCGUGAUUGUUCGAUGCCUAAAUGUGUAUUUAUCGAUGCGUAUCUCGCUGUUCCUGUUAAGUUUUUGUUUUCUCUGUAUGGAAUAUGUUGCAAUGUGCGUGCAUCUUUGUACUUUUUUGCUAAGCCAAAAUCUAUUAUGUACACUAAAUUCCCUUUUUUACCUAGGCCCAUAAGAAAGUUAUCUGGUUUUAUAUCCCUAUGAAUGAAGUUCCUGUAAUGUAUGUCUUCAAUGCGCGUGAUGAGUUGAUCAGCAAGAAGUAGAACAGUCUUGAGGGAGAAGCGACGUGAGCAGAAGUUGAACAGGUCUUCCAAAGAGGGUCCGAGCAGUUCCAUUACCAUUACAUUGUAGUCUCCUUCUGAGCCGCACCAUUUUAUUGCCGGUAUACCAACACCUCCUUGCAUAAGUUUGUAAAACUUGCUCUCUAUGUGUAGUUGAGGGUGCCUUGUCUUUAUACAUUCUAAUUUAAUAGCUACCUCCUCUUUGGUGACAAUAUUAGUUCCAAGAUAAAUGUCUCCAAAAGAUCCUGAGCCAAUUUUACGACCUAGUCGGUAUUUAUUACCGACUCGAAGCUCCAUUUUGGUAUUUAGCAUACAAUGAAAUCACAAUAAUAUUACUGGCCACCAAAUCAUUACAGGACGGCCAUAUUGCGAUAGACGCAGAAUGUAUCUAAGUGAAGUAUGUAACUUAAUUUGGGUGGAAUUGGUUACGAUCUGUGUUUUCUUGCAAGCUCAAUUCGUUUAUUACUUGUAUAUUCAACUUUAAAUCACGUAUAAAGUUUCUUACACAAAAUUGCUCUAAAAUUGAUCUAAUCUAACUACACACGCACAUGAGGAUUUUUUUCGUAGACAAUCAGUUGGUGGAACUGGGUAAUAGAGCUCGCUCGCUUCGCU